GUGUGCCGCACACGGCCGCCAGAGGGCGUAGACCAGCGGGGAUGGGGCCUGGUCGUUCAGCAGUGGCGGGUGGUGAGUGGUGGUUGCGGCCCUGUCUGCCAGUGACAGAGAGAGAGGGCAAGGGCUUGCGUGUCCGCUAUGGACAGGUUCGCGUGGACUACCGGAUUGCUGGAGCUGAGGGAGACGCUAGUGGUCCAGCAGCGUGGCGUGCGCCUCUACGACGGGGAGGAGAAGGUGAAAUUUGAUAGUGGAGUAUUACUACUUAGCACACACAGACUGAUCUGGAGGGAUCAGAAGAAUCAUGAGUGCUGUAUUGCUAUACCUCUGUCUCAGGUUGUCUUUAUUGAAGAGCAAGCUGCUGGCAUAGGAAAAAGUGCUAAAAUAGUAGUUCAUCUUCAUCCUGUGUCUGCAAUCAAGGAGCCUGGUCCAUUUCAAAGCAGCAAAUAUUCCUACAUCAAACUUUCUUUCAAAGAACAUGGGCAGAUUGAGUUCUAUAGACGAUUAUCAGAAGAAAUGACACAAAGGAGGUGGGAGACCAUGCCUGCUGGUCAGACCAUUCAAGUUAACAAGGAUCCGUGGGCAGGAAGAAUAAGGGCUGUAGGAAUUGUAGGGAUCGAAAGGAAAUUAGAGGAAAAAAGAAAAGAGACUGACAAAAACAUUUCUGAGGCUUUUGAAGACCUUAGCAAGCUGAUGGAGAAGGCUAAGGAAAUGGUGGAAUUAUCCAAAUUGAUAGCUAAUAAGAUUAAAGAAAAACAAGGUGACAUCACUGAAGAUGAGACUAUUAGAUUCAAGUCUUAUCUACUGAGUAUGGGUAUAGCUAAUCCAGUUACAAGGGAAACAUAUGGAUCCGGUACACAGUACCACAUGCAACUGGCAAAGCAACUGGCUGGAAUACUGCAGAGACCAUUAGAGGAGCGAGGAGGAAUCAUGUCUCUUACAGAAGUGUACUGCCUGGUAAAUCGUGCACGAGGAUUAGAGUUGCUGUCACCAGAAGAUUUAGUAAAUGCUUGCAAGAUGCUGGAGUCACUGAAAUUACCGUUAAGACUUCGGAUAUUUGACAGUGGUGUGAUGGUGAUUGAACUCCAGUCUCAUAAUGAAGAGGAAAUGGUAGCUUCUGCUUUAGAGACAGUGUCUGAAAAGGGUUCUCUCACAGCUGAUGAGUUUGCCAAGCUGGUGGGGAUGUCUGUUCUGUUAGCCAAAGAAAGGCUACUUCUUGCUGAAAAGAUGGGCCAUCUUUGCAGAGACGAUUCAGUGGAGGGCUUGAGAUUCUACCCAAAUUUAUUUCUGACACAAGGCUGAUGCAGUUUGUGUACAGCUUGCUCUGUAACUGUUGAACAAGAGAGCAGAGGGCAUAACCUUUCCGACAACUGACUUCAAAAUUUUUAUUUUUGUAAGUCAACUGCAACAAAUGAACACUGCAAUGCUUCACAGUUCUCAGGUAUUUCAAGUGCUGAAUCCUCCUUUGUGGAACUGAGAGGAGGUAGGAAUCGCUAAGUCAGAAGCAUGUUAAUUGUCUCACACCAGCUAGCUCAUGCUUCAGGUCUUAUUUGAUGUGCUCUCUGUAGUUUCUCAUUUCAAGAGAAGUCAGAGGAAGAUUCCACACAAGUGAAAGUGGAGAGAAUAUCCCUGUAGUCUGCCAUGAGGGUCAGCACCCAGAAGACAGGUUACUGCAUACUCCAGUUUCAGUUUGUUUAUGUCUAAAGUAACAAAGCAGACAUAUAUCUGCAGUGAUGAAGAGUCUUUGGUGUGUACUGAGGUAUAAGGAACAAAUCCAGGUAGAAUAACCCCAUCUCCUUGAAGUGCUGAACAGUUUUCUAACAGAGGAUUUUUGUACUUUGAGGCAGAACCAGCUGCAGGAGAUAUUAACAUGAGCUAUGUGAAUCAAAAACACGGGGUUUAUUUUGCCCUGUGUUAUGCUAAUAUCUCAGAUGGAAGUACUGUUAGCACAGACUUCCUCUCUUCUCUUUCCAUGCCAUCUUCCUUUCUGCCUCAUUAUGUUGCACUUCGUGUGCUCUUUCUCUAUCCUCCUUUUAUGUAGCAGAGUGUAGUAGCCUCCCAUCACUCCAUAAGACUCUGCUUUAAUGUGCUUGAUUUUUAUCUUGUGCUUCUAAUGAGAGAUCACUUGUUCAUCAGCCCGUUACCUGCUUUGGACCAACAGUUCAUUUGCUUAUAUCGUGUAUGUGAAAAUUAACAUGAUGUCAAUAUUGAAGGGAGGAAGAAGACUACCACUCUGUUUAUUUGCCAAAAAGUAUUGUGUCAUUUGGUAUUCCUUACCUUGUGUUCACGCUGAAUGCAAUUUGAUAGUCUCAGUUUUCAUAACUCCAGUGGAGUUGUCACAUUACUUGAAGAUCUGCUGUCAUGGUAAUAAUGGUAACUGGAUGUUUAUGAUCUACAUGACCUAAAUUUUUGUGUUUCGAAUUAACCAGUUUUAAUAAAUUCAUCCAAGGUAUGGGCAAGGACAACAUACAGGUAACUGCAUUGUGGUUGUAAUGGAUAAUUUAAGCAUUACAAAAAAGGAAACUUAGGCUUUUAAGAUCCUGAAAAUAUUUUCAGAACUGUAAGUGUUACCACAGAUAAAGGUUAAGAGCCUGUCAAUAAGAAGUUGAAUGCAGAGAUCCCCACAGUAAUGAUGCUUUUGGUUCAUAGGAUCCUUAUUUAGAUACAGCAAAAUGUGACCUCUUAUGCUUAUCAUGAGCAAACUCUUAUGCAGUGCUUUCUUUAAGGCAGUUUUCCUGUUUUAUGAAGGUGCUAAAACUAAUGUAUUUGACACAGCUGAAGGAAAUGAUUGCAUACUAUCCUUACUGUGUUGAUGACCAUCUAGUAUCAUCUCUCCAGGAGUCUUAGGGCUUGCUGCUUCUCUUUGUCCUGCACAUAACCCACAGGAGAGAUCUAUGUGAGGUACACAAAGCAUCAUGCAUCUAAAGAGGGACUGAAAAGUGAGAAAUCAGAAUAAAAAAUGUGGUUUAUGUCAACUGUUUAUUUUGCCUGAUACCCAAACUUGUCAAGGAAGAUCAGUGGUUUAUGGGUCUGCACUUGUGCCCACAGGGGGGCAUUUCUUCUGCAGGAAGAACAAAGACAGAAAGGAAAUGCCACAUGUAAACUCCUAGCCUCCACUGCUCCACCCUGAGUAUUUCAUUAUCAUAAUUAAGCAAUAACGAUCCAGUCUGCUUAGAAUGGUGGUACCUUCUUGAGUUUUUCUUUCGCAAGAGUUUUCAUUGACUUUUUGCCUACAGGGAAGAAAUCUAUAGGGUAAAUUGUAUAGCUGGUUUAGAAUUUAAACACACAUAAGAGAGAAUGACUACUAGAAAAUAAUAAGAAGUAAAAGAUUUUCCUAAAUUGGCUGCUCUGUCAUUUUUUUUUCUUUCCAAAAUGCUAUGGGGAGCUUUGAAAUCUUUACACUUCAAAAUCUUGUAGUUCUAUGAAGCAGGCUUUUAAAGCACAUCGUAUUUUUGCUGUCUUAUUUUGUACCUGAAAUGGUGCAAGAUACUUUUAAAAUAAAAAUAUUAAAUGUAAUUUAUGUACCCUGAUUAUGUUGCAGGGUUGCCUGUCAUAGCCAGAACAAAACUACAGGCAUUUAUGCAAGCACCAGUUUCAUGAGGAAACCAGUCUGAGUCUGAGCUAAGCACACAUCCUGUGCUAGCACCAGAGAGGUGUUUGACACAUUCAGAUGUGUUUUCCCAGCUGAAAGACAACAGAAAUCACCUAUCUGCUACCCCACUGACCAGCUGGGCAAACAAAUGGAAUGACACAUUUACAGGUGCAUGGUAUUGUGGAUGGAUGUGGAGUGGUCCUAAGGUGUCAUUGCAGAGUCCUGUUUCCAUUGGUACUAUCAGCAAAAAAUAUGUUUAUGGUAUUGAAGUGGGAUUACAGGAGAGAGGUAAAUACAGAAGCUGCCAUUCUCACAGAUCGUUGCAGUUUACUACUGAAGGUACCUACAUGAACCUUCCAUGUUUUGAUUAUUGCUGGAAUAUUUGUAUCAUGAUACAUGAACAUGAUCUCAUUUUGCCAGGGCUGUCCAGUUACACAGACCUUUGAAAGGACUGUUCAAAAAGUGCUUGCUUUUUUAUGGAGCAGCCUUAAAUUAUGAUUGUUUUUAUUUUGAAAAUAGGCCUUUUUAUACCUCUGACAGGAAAUGGAUGUUGCUGACAAAUCUCCCAUCUUUCCCAUUUCUCCUCUGCCUUUGUUUUCCAGAAAAUUAUAUUCAGCCUACAGAAACGUGACUAAACUGAACCAUGUUUCUGAAGUGCAAACAUUUUUUUCUUCUCUCUCUCCACCCUCCCAAGAUAUAUAUGUAUAUAUGCAUAUUUGGAGGUCUUCAGAAGUCAUACUCGGUUCUUCUAGGAAUUCUACAGUUUGUCCAAAGGCCUUACUGUGCUUCAUGUAAGAAGAUCCGUGAAUUCAUCAGGGCACUAGUGGGAGAUGGUGACCAUCUGUUGCCACCAGUAGAAGUUCAUGACUUGGAAGUUCUCAUUUGCAAAUGCACAGUUCUUUCAAAAUACCUACUGAAAAGGCCGAUUCUACAUUUUUUGUGGAUGUCAUGUGAAAUCAUUGCUUUCCUUGAGAGGAACCCCCUCUUCAAUGUGUUUUUGUGGUUGGUUUGUUUUUAGCUGGAUUCAUAAAUUCCCUAAUUCUCAGUGCUUCAGGCAUUGACAUGAAAUGUAAGACAGCUUAGUUCCAGGUCAUCUAGAUCAUUUUCUGCUGGGAAGACUUUGGUUAUCAUUUUGUUCUCUCCCGAGAAUAGACUGCAAGUACAUGCUAAGGGGAUGUUCUUAGCAUGUCUGUAGGCAAUAUUUAUUCUUAUUUUAUAGAAACAUGUAAGUACUUUUUGGUGCAGAGGCCCAGGUGUCAUACCUCCCAGGGAGUUGUCCUGGCCAGCAGGUUUGAGAGCAUUUUUUCUUUGUGCAGAAUUGAAGCAUUAUUCAAACAUUAAAGAAACACCAAAACAUGUAAGGAGUUUGUAAGGAAACCUCAGUUUCAGACAACCCCACAGUCUGCUAGUUAGCACAUGUUUGUGAGAGGUAGACCUGACAGAAACUACCCUGCUUCAAAUCCCCACGCCAGACCAAAGAUCAGUCUCAGUUUCCAACUGGACUGUGAAUGUCAUGACCUCAGGUUUCCCCUGAUGAAAGAAUAAAGUCCGCCACGGUCACAGCAGCAAUGGGCAGCAAGUUCAAGGUAAAAAGGGCUGUACUGCUGAAGUAGUCCAGCACUUUUGUAAAUCUAGUCAUGGUCUGGGCACGACACUCAGGAUAUUUAGAUGAUUUGCAAUGUCUUGUUCAAAGUAUUUUAUAUACUUGAGGAGUUUCACUUAGCAGAUGUUAGGAGGAAGUUCUUCACAGAGCAUGAUUUACCAUUGGAAUGGGCUGCCCUGGGAGGUGGUGGAAUUGCCAUUCCUGGAAGUGUUCAAGAAAAGACUGGAUGAGGCACUUAGUGUCAUGGUCUAGUUGAUUGGAUAGGGCUGGGUAAUAGGUUGGACUGGAUGAUCUUAGAGGUCUCUUCCAACCUGGUUGAUUCUGUGGUGAAUUCUCAUCAAAGUGAUUGCAGGGAGUAAAUAAAGGAGGGAAGAGGUGUAAUCCAAAUGCUGUGCCAUUUUAUGUUUGAAGUCAACAGUCAAACAAGUUGGUGGUCCCGCAUCACUUGCUUCACACAUGCAGAACAUUCCCAGAACCUUGAAGACAAAACUCGCUAUUUUAUUUUAAUAAAAAAAAAUGCAGAAGGA